GUUAAGAAAAUCUUCUCGUAUCUACAAGGCACAAAAAACUACGGUCUACGCUAUGGUCCCUCAUUGGUCGCUCCUGUUGGUUACUCGGAUUCAGAUUAUGCUGGAGACAUCAACACCCGACAAUCAACUUCAGGUUUCAUCUUUCUUCUGAACGAGGGCCCCAUAGCCUGGAGCAGCCGUCGUCAGAACUGUGUUGCCCUCUCCACCACUGAAGCAGAGUAUGUGGCUGCUUGUGAAGCAGCCAAGGAAAGUGUGUGGUUGCGGCGUCUUCUACUUGAAAUAAUCCCUGAUUGGAAACAACCACUACCUUUGCUCUGUGAUAACAUUUCUUCAAUUGAACUCACUAGGAGCCCCAAAUUCCAUCAGCGAACCAAACACAUCGACGUCCGUUUCCAUUUUAUCAGAGCCCAGCAAGAAGCAAAAGAAAUCGACGUGAAGUACACUCCAACUACUGAACAGCUCGCAGAUCCUUUCACCAAGCCAUUACCGAACCCUCGCUUCUCUAUUUUACGCAAGGCGAUUGGUGUAGUGCCAGUUCCCGAUUUAUAAUAUUUUUCUUUUUAGAGAGAGAGCAAACACACCAUCGGAGAAACGCUGAUAAUUUUUAUUUUUUCAUCAUGUAGAAAUUCAAACAUUUAUUUUAUUUUUCCAUACAACCCUCUCUGUCUUUCUCUCCUCUUAAAAAAAAAAACACAACUACAACAACAACAAAUCUCUAGAUUUAACUAUCGCACCUGUACGUAUGUUUGAGGAGGAGUGUUGGAUGUAAGCAAACACAAUAUAGGUGGCAGCACAUACAGGAGUGGUGGCAGCACAAGCGGGAGUUCUCUCGGCCUUCCACCUUGACUGUACAGUGCUCUCCUUUGUCACUUUCUCUUUCUCUCCGUCUGCUAAAACACGCGGUUAUACGUUAACUUGUCUCCCUGUUUUUUGUAUCAAGAAAUCUGGUCUAAGUAUUUCUUUUCUGUGUUCCAAACCUCGUUGUAUCGAGACUCGUGAGUUAUUCUUUUGUUCAUCCGAGUUAAUUAGACUCAGGAAAAUGAAUCAUUGAGGGAAAAAAAACGGAUUUUAGAAGAAAAGUUACUGACUACAAUACCAUUGCAUCAAACGAAUUUGAAAAUAUUGAGCUAAGAGAAAAAAUUGAAGGUUUGGAGAAAGAAGAGCCGAUAGUUCUUGUCCGAGAGAUGAAGGAAACACUUGAGGGAAUGAAAAGUCUCGUUGGGAUCAUAUCAUCACCAGCAGUGCACAGUCAACUAAAUGUACAACCUCCAGGUUUUGGUGUUCCAUCGCAAUAUUUAAGUAGUCCAUCGUCAAGUUCUUGCCACAUCGGUGCAAAAUUGGUAAAACUAUGGGGAGAAGUUUUCAUCUGCGAAUCUGUGCCUAAAAAAGUGAAAACAAUCUUGAAGUCUAGUGGUCAGACAGAGUUUUCUCGGAAUCGCGCAGUUACUGUCAUCUUGGAAAAUUUAUUUUCACCUGAGCAACUGGCAAAUAUGUCACUGUCAGGCAGAAAAAGUCCAGGAAUUCCUGACGCUAUUCCAAAACCGAAAAUUCCGGACAAAAUCCAAGAGGCUAUUCACAAUUUCAUGCAAGCAGCAUGGGACGAGGCAUUUUCAAUCAAGGAUGAAAAAGGGAGCGUUACGACUAUGGCUGUUCUAUCAACCACCCAAAUCGAUAAGGCAAUUGGAGCAAGGUUAUUGGCCUGUCACACCCACCUAAAAAAGAAGAAAAAUCCACAAUCAGACCAUGAAUAGAAGAUAUCGCCUCUCACCAGUCUCGAAACUUUCUUUACUUUUUUUUUUAUUUUUCACGAUUUGUUUUUGUGUUACUUUCUUAAAAUGUUAUCUAUUACAUUUUAAGAGAGUAUGUGCUGCUGUGUUUUUAAACAUGCCUUGUUAAACAUCAAACAUCUGUUCAGAUGUUUGAUGAAAAUACAAAGACGAGAGAAAAUA